AUGUAUGUGUACGUGUGUCUUAUCUGACUGGUUGUUUGAUUAAAAACUGUAUUUGUCUGUGUGUAUGUUUGUGUGAGUGUGUGUGUGUGUGUGUACAUGACUGGUUGCUUCGUUAAUUCGUGUAUAUGUGUGCACACGCGAAUCUGACUGCUUGCUUAGUUGAAGCAUAUGUGUCUAGUUAAAUAGUGUGUCUGUGUGUCGGAUUUGUUGCUUCGGUUAUAUGUAUGUACGUAUGUAUGUAUGUAUAUAUAUAUAUAUGUAUGUCUGUAUGUGUAUAAUUCUUUGGCUAAUAUUUAUGCAUGUAUGUGUGUAUGGCGAAAUAGGUUUAGUGUGUGUAGUAUAUUAUCCGUGUAUAUCAGCUGUUGGCACUCCCUUAGCAGUAAGUGCUGAAGCAUGACACAGAGAAUGGCUGGCUUGUUUAUCCAGCUGGUGCAAGACUUCUCUUCUAGCAGUUCGUGGCCUCUUCCCUCCACUAAACAUAGCUGAUGCAUAUGGCGUUGACACAGAUAACACAUACAGCAGAACUGCACAGCGGAUCGCGCUCUCUCACUGCAGCCAUUAAUACUACUUGGUCGGAUCUACAUCGGUCCUCGCUUCCCACGGUCAUUUUCUCUUAGUCUCAGUGUCAGGGUCGCUACAAGAACUCGAUCAGGUUUAUCCCCGUAAACCAGGUGACUAUGUUAGUCGAGAGAAGAACUGACGAAAACUAGGAGCGCGUUAACAAUUUCUUCCCUCACCCUUUCGCUCUAAGGCAGCGUGUGUGUAGUUUGUGUGCGUGCGUGUUUGUGUGGCCAUACAUGUGCAUUAGUUGGAAACGCACUGUUGACCUUGUCCGCUACAGCAGUGUUGCUUGACCGGCGAUUGUCACCCUCCACUGACGAUGACGAUGAUGAUGGCGGAUAUACAGCUGUCAUGGCUCGAUGCACCUUACUUUCUGAUGAGGAAACGGGUUACAGUUUACCCAAAGUCAGCCCACCGCAUCACUGAACCUCAUUUUCAUUAUUAUUAAUAUUGUUGUUGUUGUUUUCGUCGUCGUUCCAUGCUGUGUGUCGGAGUUGUCAAUUGUAAACCACCACUUUACUUACACACACACACACAGCGCACCUUACUAGCCUGUCUUUCUGCUGUCCGUUUGUGUGAGUGUUAAUGCGUGUGUAAAUAUAUAACAAUUUCUAGUCAAUUCCCGCUAGACCACAUACAAGCCUACUGUAGCAAAAGAACAGGUACUUAGCUCGCCGAUGAGCCAAUAGACUCGUACACGCACACACACACACACACACAUAUAUACAUACAUAUAUAAAAUUACAACACACGCACACACACGCACCAGCGUAUAAGUCAUGCUUUCUUGCACAUUGCCAACUCUGCUUCGAUCCGUUUUUGGAUUUCGUCCCCCGUUUUUGUGAGCGCUGAACGCUAUCUUGGUUUUUAGCAGCGGUUGCAGCGGCAACAGUAAUACUGACACUAACAAAUAAGCGGAGUAUUAUAGUACUAACCGACGGUGUCCUUCUCAUCCUUUAGGGGGUGUGAAAUGAAGUUGUUACUACUUCCUGGGGAAACCAAUACCCUGAUGAAGCUCCUCACAGAACUGGAUAUUUCUUUUUUUUCAAAUUUGCUAACACAUUUGGAAUAUUAUUAUUAUUAUAGAAAUGACAAUUUUCUACUUUCACCAUAAUGUUCAUCUGUCCACACUUGUUUGUGUGGAAUCUCCGUUUUGUUGAUUCCUUUCCUUAUUAUUUCAAUCACUGCCACAGAUGUGAGCAGUGUGCCGACUGAGUACAUUAGCUGUCACACACACACCAGUGGGAGUAGUGCUAGAAAUGCAAAUUAAGCAGGAAGUUUUAGAUUCUAAUUAUGAAGAGCAGAGUCAGCCAACCAGUAACUCAGAGUUUAAAAGAACCACUACAAGUGCCAACUCAUCUGCUGAUGCUAGUAUUACAGACAUUGACAAUGGUGCCAGUGCAGCAGGAGAUGAUGCCAAUAACACAUCAAAGUCUCCUCAGCACUCCCCGACCCAAACUCCAAAAGAAGAAAUUAAUUCUCCUUCAGAUAAAGAACAUCUGCGCGAAGUCAGCAAAACUGAGCCGCCUGACGAACGGGUUGGGUAUGAAAGCAGCGAUGGUGUUUUGGCACCCUCUAAAACUGAGGCACAGAUGACACUUGCCCUUUCACCAUCAAGGAAUGCUUUGAGAAUGUUGACUCCUCAUAUGAUUCAAGGACAAAUUCUAAACCAGCCUGGACUUCUCAGUGCUCUGGAUCUUUCUAACAAAUUUGUUUUGAAUGAAAAUGGAAAAGAGCUUGCUGGUUAUAAAGAUCGGCACCGAACUAAUGCUGAUAUGCAGGCUGAACUUACAUCUGAUGACAGUAUGGAUUUUGAUGAUAAUUUGUUUAUGGAGCAAGAAAUUGAGGAUUUGAUGAGACGUAAAACAGAUGGUCGAAUACGACAUUCAGCAGGCCGCCCCUCCAGACAAAGAAGUGUGACUGCUGUGAAACCUUCCUGUUCCACCACUACCACCACUACCACCACCACCACUACAUCAUCAUCAAGCUCCUCACCAGCCUCCAGCUACUGGACCCCCUCAGGUAGACGUAUUGCCUUGGAUGUGGCCAGGGAUGAUGCCACCCUUGUGGCAGCACAUGGCUUUCUAGAUGCUGGCCGUCCUAACAACAACUCAGUUGAUUUCUCAAAUGACGAAGGUGGUCGAAACAUCAAUCAGUAUGGUCGUGAAUUCACUAAUGGGCGCCCUCUACCUGACCAUUUGAGAGUUCAGAUUCUGCAGCUUGCUCUUCAAGGUGUCCGUCCAUGUGAAAUCAGCCGACAACUACAAGUGUCGCAUGGCUGUGUUAGCAAAAUACUUAACAGGUAUCGUAAAACAGGCAGUAUCAAUCCUGGACAAAUUGGUGGCAGUAAGCCAAAGGUAACUACGCCAGAUGUAGUAAAUAAGGUGCGACAAUAUAAAAAUGAAAACCCUCAGAUGUUUGCUUGGGAAAUCAGGCAAAAACUUCUUGAAGACCAAGUAUGCACAGAAAAGAAUAUUCCUAGCAUAAGCUCCAUAAAUCGGAUAAUACGAGACAAAGCCAUUCUUCAUCGUCGGAGUCUUGAUAACUUCUCUCAUCUCGGGGAAGAAGAAUUAACUGGCUGUGAUGAAAUUGAGGAAACUUUAAUCCAGAGGGCAUACUACAUGGGUCAAAUUCCCACCCAGCUAGCACCAGAGAGUCUGGCCUCUUCUACCUCCUUGACACAGCCUGCUUUUUACAAUGUGAUCAACCCUAGGUCUGCAUCAGCAGCUGCAUUUGCAAACAAUGUGCAUACACAGACUGACACUAUGAAUGGAGAUACCAAGCCAACCACUAGUCAUAAUGCAAUGCAUACUAGCUCACAAAGAAGACCAAAAUCAUCUGAUGGUGUACCAGAGAGUUCUACCAGUGGUCACCAUCCUUCAGAGAAUUUGAACAUGAAAACCGUUUCUGUAGAAAACAUGCACAAGAACACUUCAUCUUUUCCUUCAAAGAGCGAAAGCUCCAAACCAAGUCUUCAAGAUGUAAUAUCUCAUUUGUUCAACCAAGCUUCUGCUGCAUAUCCCUCUGCACAGUCUGCUCUACCAACAUCAGCAGCAAGCUCAGAUAAAUCUUCCAGUAAUAGUGAUAAAACUGAAAGUACUUUAGCAUCUUCAAGCAAAAAGAAUGAGUUGGCAUCAGCCCUUCCUACAUCCAUUAGUAACCAAUCACUUUUGAUCUCCCAUAAAAUGGUUUCAAUUCCUACAUCUGACAUAAGUUUAUCAAAUUCAUCUUCCAGUGGUCCAGAAAGUAUUCUGGUUUCUCAAAGCAAUACAAAUUCUUCAUUACGGUCUACAGUUUCAUCAAAAUCCUCUGGAGUUAAUGAACACUCCCGCUUGUCUUCUAAUAAAGGAGCUACUCCUGCUCCAACUAAGUCAUCACAAGACUUAUUGACUGCUAGUCGCAGCAGUUCUGCUGGAUCAUCAAAGUCUUCAUUUCCAAUUGGUUAUGAUAAGUUUGGUGCUGUUUACUAUGACUAUAGUUUGCCAGACCGUGGACUAAGUCAAGCCAGACAAAGUCGAGGUGUGGUGCUCUCUCCAUGUGUUAGUCCAGCUGCAGUGUGCUAUUAUCCAAAUGGUUUACAUCCACUCAAGCCCCCGGUGGACUUAUCUAACUCUAGUUUGGAUGUGUCUAAUCCAAGUACCCCAUUAGAUUUAUCAGCGUCAGCUUAUAAAGAGCAAGAACCCGUACAGUCUCGGAAGCCAGGAAAAGGAGCUGAGAAAUCGUUAGAUAUUUGCAGUCCAUUAGCAGUAGGUGAGUCUUUGGAAGAAGUUAAAACCCCUUUGACACGGAGCUCUACUGUAUCAGUCCCUACACCUCCAGCUUCCACUUUAUCUGAGAAGCAGGAGAGCAAGCAGUCAAAAGCUGUUGUACCCUCCCUUAAAUCUUCAUAUGAGCGAAAUUAUCUUAUAUUUGGUGACAGUGAACUCGAGAUAAUAUCUGUUGGUAAAAACAAGUGGAUUGUUCGGAAUGAACUUGAACUCUGUCGAAUUGCAAAAGAGGAAGUGAAGAAACUUGGUAGCCCAGUUCCUGAGGAACCUUGUUCUAAGACACCUAAUGAUAAAAGACAUUUAUGUAAACAUUCAACCAAAACCAUUUGUUCCAAUGUUGACUCUUGCUUGCACUGUAACCAUUCAUCGAAUGCAAAUCCAUGUUCCACUCCAAAGAAUUCCCAAGGUGCCUGUUGCUUAUCUGCAGAUUUCUCCAGGUUCGUUUCAUCAUCGUCCCCUCAACACUCCUCAGCUGGUAGUCCAAAAGACCAAAAGGAUAGUUGUCCUAACCAUAAGAGAAGUGUUGACUCUUCUAAGGAAACAGACUGUCCAUCAGCCAAAGUGUCCAAGAGUUCUGCUAAUUGCCCUUCAAAUGAUAAUACUAGUCCAUGUCCUAACGUGUGCGCUACUGACAUAUCAACCGCCAAUAAUUCUGACUGGGAAGUCAGUCAUGAUGACUCUUCUAUCAACCCAAAUUCAAACUCAGAAAACAACACGCCCACUUCUAAUGAACAGCCACCAUCAACGAACUCUAAAGUGUCUGACGAAGAAUCUCAAAAAGAACCUCUCUCUUCAUGUGAUGAAGCUGGGGAUUCAACAAUGCCUGACACUGAAGGAAGCAAAUGUCCAACUUUACAAAAAAUGUUAAAGACUACUUGAGUAGCGCCACACAAUUAAACAUAUAUUAUUUCUCA